AUGCUGGAUUGGCUUCGAGAAUUCCUCGCCAAACAAAAGCGCAAGAGGAGUCUGCGCCGACACAAUCAAAAAGUGCGCAACCGCGAACGCGAUCUUCGAGAAGCCAACAGGUUGAAACCGCGCAUCUUCUGGGGUCCGCCGACUCAGAUGUACGACGAUAACAACAAGUCGCCGUACGCGAAGAUGGAGUUGCGAUAA